GUGAUUUUCUCAUUUGCUAUUCAGAUGGAUGAACUCGCAUGUUUUGCUCCAGGGAUGUUAGCAUUAGGAUCUACUGGCUAUGGUCCUGAUGAGGCUAGGAAGUUCUUAUCAUUGGCAGAAGAGCUUGCUUGGACAUGUUAUAAUUUCUACCAAUCAACACCUACGAAAUUGGCUGGGGAGAACUACUACUUUAAUUCAGGACAGGAUAUAAGUGUGGGAACAUCAUGGAACAUAUUAAGGCCCGAGACAGUUGAAUCACUCUUUUACCUCUGGCGCUUGACUGGUAAUAAGACAUAUCAGGAGUGGGGAUGGAACAUCUUUCAAGCAUUUGAAAAGAACUCCCGCAUAGAGACAGGAUAUGUUGGAUUAAAGGACGUUAAUACUGGUGUAAAAGACAACAUGAUGCAAAGUUUUUUCCUCGCAGAGACACUUAAAUAUUUCUAUCUUCUUUUCUCACCUCCUUCGGUCAUUUCAUUGGAUGAGUGGGUUUUCAACACAGAAGCUCACCCUAUAAAAAUAGUCACCCGGCACGACCAGGUAGAGAAGUCGGGAGUCUCAGGAGGACAACAUAAUUCAGAGACCCUAUCACGAGCUAGGAAAGAAGGGCGCUUUAGAGGCAAUUAGGAAAUUUUGUUAUAUAUCAUUGAUUCCCGUUCUGAAUUCAAGGCUUCAUUGACAUGAAGAACUGAAGA